AUGACACCAGAAUCCCCCCAAUGGUUGUUAACGAAGGGUCAAGAUGAGCGUGCCAAGAACAUAUUAAUCUGUUAUCAUGCCAAUGGUGUUUAUGACGACGAGAUGGUAAAUCUUGAAUUUCGCGAGGUCAAGGCAUCAGUGGAAGCCGAGGAACGCGGAGCGUCAUACAGCUGGUUGGCACUCUUCUCUACAAAAGGCAACAUCAAGCGCACAGUUCUCACACUUUUUCUGGGACUGGGCUCACAGUGGGUUGGCAAUGGUAUUAUAAGCUACUAUCUUUCCCCUAUACUCGAAAGCAUCGGCAUUGGAAGUUCUCGUCAGCAGAUAGCUAUCAACGGCGGUCUCCAGAUUUUCAAUUGGACCGUAUCUGCUGUUGCUGCUUUCCUAGCAGAGCGCCUUGGAAGAAGGACUCUACUCUUAAGCUCUGCGAUUGGUAUGGUACUUUCCAUGUCUGUGGUGACAGCAUGUUCUGCGACUUAUGCCAACACUGGUGAUAAACAAUCCGGCACAGCGGUCAUUGUUUUCUUAUUUUUGUUCUUUGGUGCAUAUGACGUUGGAUUCACGCCAAUUCCGCCUCUCUAUGUCAACGAAAUUGCGUCCACACAUCUUAGCGCUAAAUACGGCAGCCUAUACUGGUUCAGUAACGCGGUGGCGCUAUGCUUCAACCAAUAUGUGAAUCCAAUCGCCUUCGACGCAAUUACGUGGAAGUACUAUCUUGUUUAUAUUUCUGUAUUAUGUCCAGUGAUCGCAGUGCUUUGCUUCUAUGCUCCAGAGACCAAGGGCUGGGCUCUUGAACAAGUGGUUGCUAUCUUCGAUGGUGAUAUAGCGGACGGUCUUGCUCAAGCUGAUAAUGAAACCAAGACGGAGGAAGUCUCAGAGCAUAGAGAGUUUGCCUAA